AUGCCGAAGGACGUCAAGCAAAAGUCUGGCUUGAUUCUUGGAAUCAAUGCCGGUCACCAAGUAACACCGCUUCAGCCGAAGCAGCGCAUCUCGCGCAUGAAGGGUCAUUUGAGCAAGCGUACUGCCUUCGUCCGGGAUAUCGUCAAGGAAGUUUCAGGACUUGCACCAUACGAGCGCCGCGUUAUCGAACUUCUCCGCAACAGCAAGGAUAAGCGUGCUCGUAAGCUCGCCAAGAAGCGAUUGGGAACUUUCGGUCGUGCGAAGAGAAAGGUCGACGAGAUGACCAAGGUCAUCGCUGAGAGCAGGAGAGCUGGUCAUUAAGCGUGCAGGUGUUAUUUGAGAAUACUGGGAUGGCAUGCAAAUUCGGCGCAAAAUGGCAUGAUUUCUUCUUCAAUACUUGACUCCAUCACGACUAUGAUGCCCAACCAGUUGCGGCUCAACUCGAUCUGAUCGACGGCAUGACGGAACUUAUGCAGGACGAAUGGAACCUUUCUCGACCGUUUGGUGCACUCACGAUGAGGGACGAAGACUGUCCAGUGAGCUCGGCCAGGAGCAGUGAUCGGAAUACCAUGGAGCACAGCAACACUGCAUGGCACAAAUUCCGUGCUAUUAUGUUCACGAUAGCGACGACAGAGCGUCUCAGUGGAAAGUACUUUGAACUCUUUCGUCUUAGUUAUACAAGUUGUGUCAAUUUGUGGUUGAGUUACCUCCGAUCCUGUGGACGUGAGUGCGGUGAUUUAUGACAUUUGUGAAGUCUCACACGUUCCGGGCCCCUGUCAAUGUCUUCUAUUCUCGCAACAGCCAC